AUGGCUGGCACGGUGCUCGGCGUGGGGGCCGGCGUGUUCCUCCUUGCCCUGCUCUGGGUGUCCGUGCUGGUGCUGUGUGUCCUGCUGUCCAGAGCCUCGGGGGUAGCUAGGUUCUCUGUCAUUUUCGCGUUCCUCGGUGCUCUGAUCAUCACAACCAUUCUGUUGCUCUUCCCUCGAGCCAGUGAAGUCCCAGCCCCCGAGGCAGAGAUGAAGAUUAUAGAUGCCUUUUUCAUUGGCCGCUAUGUCCUGCUGGCUUUCCUCACUGCUGUCUUCCUUGGAAGCCUUUUCUUGGUUCUAAUCCAUCACAUCCUGGAGCCAAUCUAUGCCAAACCACUGCGGUCUUCCUGA